AUGGACAUGAUUAUGAAAUGGAGCCAAGGAGUUGAUGCUGCGUCUGUGUUGUGUAAGUCUGCUAUAGAGACUCGCAACCAUCUGUUUUUCGAAUGCUCUUAUGCUUCACAGCUAUGGGAGUAUCUCGUUAAAGUCACAGGUGGAAGCUUGGAUAGGAAGGGAAUGUUCUGCAUUAGAUAUGCUUUCCAGGCUGCAAUCUAUGCAAUUUGGAGGGAGAGAAACCGUAUUCGUCAUGGGGAGAAACCGUUGUCUAUUUCCAUUUUACAAAAGCUUACCGAAAAAGGGAUUAGGAACAAGUUGAGUUUGAUGAGUACAAGGAAGGGGGGAAGUGCUUAA